AUGGCCUUGACCAUUAAGCAUCUCAAUUCAGACGCCUCUUUUCUGUUGUCCUUUGAGCCCGUCGGCGCCAAUGCCGAUCCCGCGAGAGGGCCGGUGGCGGUUUCGCGGCCCUUUACAAUCCUACUGGACCCGUGGCUGACAGGCCCUUCCAACAUAUUCCACCCAAAGUUUUCGACCACGACGCAAACCGUAGCUCCGUGUGUGUCCUCGUUGGCCGAGCUGUCUGUGGAGCCGGACUUGGUCAUUAUUAGCCAGCCCAAGAGCGACCACUGCAACGAGGCGACUCUCCGCCAGCUGCCGGCCUCGGGGACCAGGACGCUCAUUCUCGCCGAGCCCGCCUCGGCGCGUCUAAUUCGAAGCUGGAAGUAUUUUGAUCGGGAAAAGGUCCGGACUAUUGAGUCGUGGAAGGACCCACGAACUGGAGCCAACAAUCACCGUAGAGUCUUCCGCAUACCGGUCCCGGCCGCCUGGCCCGGCGGUCAGACCGGUGAAGUCACCGUCUGCUGGAUCCCACAGAAGCGGGACUUGUCCGGUGUUCACGGCGCCAUUGGUAUCACGUACCGGCCGCCUCCGAGUCAAAAUAAUGCUACUGUUGCUGCCGCCGCCGUCAGAUCCACAGCGGCGGUCGUCGCGGAUAUGCUCACUCCGCCUGCGACGCCAGUGACGCCCGUACGCACCCUCAUACCGCCGACUUCAGUAUCGACGACGCACGUUCACUUGUUCCCUCCCAGUCCCCCUAUAUCGCCACACUCUCUCCGUUCCGUGCAGUCAGCAGCGGCCCUAAUCUCACCCGCAACGCCAAAUACCCCCCAACCAAGGCAGUCACUACUAGAUCGGUAUCUCGCAAUGUCGUCGUCGUCGACAUCAUCAUCCCCGACAACACAGGAUAUUGUCCGGCCCAUCUCCCUCGUCUUCUCCCCGCACGGCAUCGCCUACGCGGACCUGGCGCCCUGGGCCACGUCGCACCUGGUCGCCGAGGCGGCGCUGCCCCUGACGGCGCUGCUGCACUGCAUGGACAGCAUCGCCAACCCGUGGUGGCUCGGGGGCAACGUGUGCUGGGGCACGGCGACGGGGGCCGAGAUUGCGCGACGGCUGGGCGCCAGGGUGUGGAUCUCGGCGCACGAUGCCGAGAAGCAGGUCCGCGGCUUGGCUACCGGUCGGCUCACGACGAGACGGUGGGGACGCGAGGAGAUUGCGGGUAUUCUUGGGAAUAGUCAUCAUCGUCAUCAUCAUCACCGACAUGAUGCUGCGAUAGCGGGGUAUCGCGGACAAGACGAGGGUCAAGAUGUUGCGCCGUCGCGGCAAGGCAAGGCGGCCUCGGCCUCGGCGGUGCGAGUAGACAAGGAAGUGGAAAUUCUCAGGUUGGACAGCGGGGAUGAGGUUCUCGUGACCGGGAAUGGGCACGUUCUUCAUGACUGCUUUUCUCAGGAGGUGAGGUGA